AUGGCAAAAGGCCUCUCCGCUUCAGCCUCGCUGGUCUCCCUCGCGUGGACUCUGGCGUCUUACCAGAAGGUGUUGCGGGACUCCCGGGAAGACAAGCUGCCCAUGUCCUACAAGGGGGCGGUGGUGCAGAUCCUUUGGCACCUCUUCACGAUCGCCGCCCGGGCCAUCGCCUUCGCCCUCUUCGCCUCAGUGUUCCAGCUCUACUUCGGCAUCUUCAUCGUCACCCAUUGGUGCAUCAUGACCUUUUGGAUCAUCCAAGGCGAGACGGAUUUCUGCAUGUCCAAGUGGGAGGAGAUCAUCUACAACAUGGUGGUGGGCAUCAUCUACAUCUUCUGCUGGUUCAACGUCAAGGAAGGCCGCAGCCGGUGCCGCAUGUGCAUCUACUACGUCAUCACCCUUUCGGAGAACGCCGCCCUCACGGGCCUCUGGUACUGGCAGCGGGACAAACGCGGGUUCCCCGAAUCCAACGCCUUAAUCAUUGUCUGCGUGGUCACCUCCAGCUUCGCCUUAGGGGUCUUCUUCAUGUUCAUCUACUACUGCCUCUUGCACCCCAACGGGACCAUUUUCAGGCCGCAGGACACCGGCUGCAUUUGCAGCGAGGAACGCACGGCUAUCCCGGGCCCCGUGGGAGGCCCCGUGGAUGUCGUCACCAGCCCCCCGCGCUCUUUACCGAGGACUACAGGGGCGGAGAGGGACGGGGUGCCUGGAGACCGAGACAGCUGCGUGCCGGUCUUUCAGGUCAGGCCCAGCGUGCCCCCCACCCCCGUCGCCCGCGCCCCACGGACAGAGGGCCCCGUCAUUCGCAUCGACUUGCCCCGCAAGAAGUAUCCCGCUUGGGACGCCCAUUUCAUUGACAGGCGGCUCCGCAAGACUAUCUUGGCCCUCGAGUACACCUCUCCGGCCACGCCACGGCUGCAGUACCGCAGCAUAGGGGCCUCCCAGGAGCUGCUGGAAUACGAGACCACGGUGUGACGUGGCCAGGAGCCGUGGAGCCCCUGAGCGUGGGGGGCUGCAGGGGCCCUUCCUGAGCCGGAGGGUCGUUCC